AUGGGAAUCUUGUUCAGCAAAGUUUUUGAAAGUCUUUUUGGGUCAAAAGAGGUCCGCAUUUUGAUCUUGGGCCUCGACAAUGCUGGGAAAACAACAAUUUUAUACCGGUUGCAAAAUGAGAGCGACGAGGCAGUGCAGACAAUCCCGACCAUUGGCUUCAAUGUUGAGACAUUACAAUACAAGAAUAUAAAGUUUCAAGUUUGGGAUUUAGGAGGACAAACGAGUAUUCGACCAUAUUGGCGAUGUUACUAUCCAAACACAGAUGCCAUCAUUUUUGUUGUCGAUAGUGCCGACUCGGAACGCAUGCCAGUUGCUCGGGGAGAGCUAGCUGCAAUGUUGGAGGAAGAGGAACUUAAGGACGCGAUAUUGCUUGUAUUCGCAAACAAACAGGAUCAGAAAGGUGCAAUGAAUGCUCAACAAAUCAGCGACGCGCUUGGCUUACCAGAGAUUCGAAAUAGGCAGUGGUCGAUCCAGGAGACUUCUGCAUUGAAAGGAAAGGGUCUUUUCGAAGGCUUCGAUUGGCUGGUGACUUGCAUCAAAGGAACCGAGGAAUAG